GAUGAUCUUCAGCCUGUUGCAUCUGAAACCAAUUGGGAAUCAGUCACAAGCCCGGUCUUGGGCAUUUCCUAUCGCUCUCCAUCAGUGACUGACCCCACGCUUACUGUGGAAGCCCUAGAUGAAACCGUUGCUGGGUUUGAUACUGUGGAGGAAUUGCUCAAGCACUUUAAUCCAGAGACAUGGCGAGAAGAUCUGGAUCACCUGUACACAGAGAGCGCCCCACCUCGAGGCAGAAGUUUCUAUGAGAGGAAGUCGAAAGUUGAUUUAGACAGGCUGAAUGAUGAGGCAAAGCGUUACAGCUGCACUCCAAGGAAUUACUCUGUCAAUGUUAGGGAGGAGCUGAAGCAAAGCAAUGCCGUCUUUUUCCCUCGCUGCCUCCUGGUCCAGCGCUGUGGAGGAAACUGUGGUUGUGGAACGACAAAUGGGAAAUGCGCUUGUACGGCAGGAAAACUCGUGAAGAAGUAUCAUGAGGUGCUGAGAUUUAUCCCCGAAGCAGGUCAUCUCAGGAGGAGGGGCAAAACCAAGCACAAUAUGUCACUGAUAGAUAUUCAACUGGAGCACCAUGAACGCUGCGACUGUGUCUGCAGUGCGAGGCCACCGCGAUAAAAGCAGAGCGUCUGGUUUUAUGCGCAACAUGAAAGGGAACUCUUUCUCUUGGGAGAAGGAGCUGUCCAUGCUGAUUUGCCCAGCGACCACCGAACUAUGCUAAAAGCCUGCCUUCGUAGCCUUUUGAUUUGAAGUGCUAAAUGCCAAUGACAGCUUACCCUUAAUAAAGCAGAUUGACAACUCUGAAAUGCAAAUCUGGGAUUGAGUUUAGAAAACGAAUGAACUCGAGGGCUGAAAGUUUUCAGGCCUACGAUGAAAAUUGAGCUGCAUGAUGGCUGCACUCUUUUGGCUGAGUUCCUUAGUUGGCUUUUACAAUUCUUCAUGCGUGCAUGUACUCACAAUACUUUUGCACAAAAUCCUUUGCACAAACACACUUAAGCACACUUACAGUCCAAUUUAUUUGGGGGGGGGAGAAAUCAUCUAUGUGCAAAAUGGCUGAUUUAGCCAUUUUAGCCAUUUAGCCAAAUUAGGAAAAUGGCUGAUUUAUAGACAGCCACCAACACAUACAGGUAUAUUAGGUUUACAGAACUUUGGUGCUGCAGUGGAAGUAUAAAAGUAGCAAUAGUAUCUAGCAGCUAGCCAUGCAGGCAUCACACCUAGAUAUACGCCUUACAGUAGUCCGAUCACAGCAAGCAAGUUUGAACUUUAAGCAAGCCGGAUCCAAGGCUGCUGGAGUCCACAUAGGUAGUCCUCAACUUAUGACCACAAUAGAAUCAUUAAAUGAGUCAUCACAUUAUUGCACCUCAAUUCAUGAUCUUUUUUGCCAUGGCCAUUAAAAGCAAAUCACACAGUCUUUAAGUGAAUUUGGCUUUACUCCCUGGCUUUGCUCAUCAGAAGCCAGCUGGGAAAAUUGCAGAUGGGGAUCACGUAACUCCAGGAUGUUGCAACCAGUGUAAAUACAUGACUGUUGAAAAUCUGCUGCAUUGUGAUCAAGUGUCUACAAGGACACUGCAGCACCACCAUAACUUUGAAUGGUCACUAAAUGAAUGGUCAUAAAUUGAGGACUGCCUGUAUAUAAUCCAGUUAUUUACAUAGAUACAUGAAUCAUUCUUCCCUGAACUGGCCCUAUUCCCCCAUAGUACAGGUUUCAAAAUGCCAUGCUGAUAUUCAUUCAAAUUAUCACCUUUUAUAGGUUACAAAGUUGUCGCCAAACAUUUCUGAAUAUUUUUAGAAUAGAAUCAAUCUAUUCUCAAGAGCUGUAUUCCUCUCCAGACAGUAGUCUAAAGGCCCCAUAUACUUCCCAUUUUAAAGUUUCAGAAAAACCUUGUAGAAUUGUUGCUAUCCAAAUCAGAAAGAUUCUUCCCCAGCCUUGUAAAUAAACGCAUCUUUCGAGUUUUGGCAACUUUUCCCAAAUUGAUUCCUUCCAGAUGUAUUAUCCAGUUUCCCCCCAAAUAAGACCCAACUAAAAAAUAAAGCCUAGCAUGAUUUUCAUAAUAUAAGCCCUAACCCCAAAAUAAGAUCCAGUUAAGAUUGUCAACCAGAUGGACGCAUUUAUUUCCCAGAAAACAAGACCUAACCAGAAAAUCAGCCACAAUGUGUCCUUUGGAGCAAAAAUUAAUAUCAAACCCAAUUUUAUUUUCGGGAGAAACACGGUAGAAUCCAAUUAAGGAUCCUGGAAGUAGCCCAACACACAUGGAGAACCUCAAGUUGGAGAAGAAAAGCUACACUAAGCCCUUCAACAUACUAUUGGGCUGAAAGGAAGUGAUAUUCUCAAUCACCUAAUUCAGUGGUUAUAACUUCGAUAAACUCUUCAAAUCUGAAUUUCAUGUCAAUCUGAUUUAGACAAAUCCAAGUAGUGGAUACAUUUUUUUCCAAAUGCAAUAGUUUGAGUUCAAAAUGGGCUGUUCCAUCCUAUGAGGGCUGUUUCAAACUGGGAAUAUUUGUGGUGUAAUUGGAAUAGCUUGCUGGGAGAUUAAAAUAACCCUUCAAUUUCGAAACAUAUUUCAAAUCAACACUUUUCCCUUUCCUAACAAGAACACAGAACUCCAGACAUAAAGAAGCAAGGCAUCUAACUAAAAUUCCAAAUAAAAUGUAUCUUGUUUAUUGAGAGCCACGCAGAUCCAAAAGUUGGAGCUGGGAUUUCUUGCUUCUCUCUCCUUCUCUCCCAUUUUAUAUAGUAUUGUGUGUUCAAACUGGAUCUAAUUCUAAUAAACUUGUCAUUCGAAUAACAAGGCUUGCCAUUCAUAUAACAUAACCUUCCCAAACUGGUUUCCUCUAGCUACCCUGGACUAUAAUAUCUAGACCAUGAAUCUCCAACCUUGGCAACUUUAAGUCUGGAGGACUUCAACUCCCAGAAUUCCU